AUGGAGGCGAGUGGUGGAAACUGGUAUCACGAGAGCGACGAACACUCGAAGCGUCGGGAGAUUCCGCAAAAACCGCCGUUCGUGGCGUAUGUUGGGAACGUUCCGUUUGAUACGAGCAAAGAUGAAGUCUUGCACGCGCUCGGGGUGGCGAUAGAAAGCGUGUCGAACGCACGGCCGAUGACGCAUCGAAGCGGCGUCAAGGUGCGCGGUUACUUCGUCGAGUUCACGACCUCGGACGCGCUCGUUAAGGCGCUCGAAUCAGACGGGGUCGUCAUUGGUGACCGUCAGCUUCGAGUGAACAUCGCUGAGGAACGCAAGACGUCCACGGAUAAGGGACAGAGAAACUCGCACGAUCGCGGGCAUCGAAGAAACUUGCACAACAGUCACAGGGAGCAGUGGACGACGGUCGGUGACAUUUCGGCGCAACGAAUCGUAGAACCCGCGGCAGAUCGACCGAAACUGGUCCUAAAACCUCGUAGUAUCGAGAAGGACUCCGGUGAAGUCGCCGUGGGUAAGUCGUCGAUCUUUGGUUAUGCGCGCCCGAUUGACACGUCCAAAGCCUUGGAGGAGGUUGAACGUAAAAUCGACGCUGAGCUGCAUCGUGAUCACGCUAAACGAAAGCAGAAAGUAGUUAAGAAGGAACACAAAGUACUGCAUCACGCAGCGAUCGUUCACGAGCAUUCUCCUACGCCAGUAGAAGACUCAAAUGUAUUUUCACUCCUCUCCAUAGAGGAGGAUGAAUGA